AUGCCGCAACCAUUGAACUCCAAGGACCAGUCCUUGUUCCGUCAAGUGGUUCGCAACUUCGAGCAGAAGCAAUACAAGAAAGGCAUUAAAACGGCAGACCAAGUUCUUCGCAAGAACCCCAAGCAUGGCGACACACAGGCGAUGAAGGCUCUGAUCAUGAGUCAUCUGGGUCAGUUGGAAGAGGCUUUCGUGCUGGCUAAGGAGGCUCUGCGAAAUGACAUGAAGUCGCACAUUUGCUGGCACGUGUACGGCCUGCUAUACCGACAAGAGAAGAACUUCGACGAGGCGAUCAAGGCUUACCGUUUCGCCUUGCGACUGGAUCCCGAAUCCCAGCCCAUUCAGCGGGAUCUGGCGCUCCUUCAGAUGCAGAUGCGCGAUUUCCAGGGAUAUAUCCAGAGCCGCAGCUCUAUGCUUCAGGCGCGCCCGGGUUUGCGCCAAAAUUGGACCGCAUUGGCGAUCGCUCAUCACCUGUCCGGAGAUUUGGAGGAGGCGGAGAAAGUCUUGACCACCUACGAAGACACCCUGAAGGAUGGCGUCCCACCAGUUGCCGAUAUGGAGCACUCUGAGGCUUGCCUAUAUAAAAAUACGAUCAUCGCGGAGACAGGCAACCUGGAACGAGCCCUGGAGCAUUUGGAGAAAAUUGGCUACCGGUGUACCGAUGUGCUUGCCGUGAUGGAAUUGAAGGCAGACUAUCUCCUGCGACUUGGCCGCAAAUCAGAGGCCGAAGAGGCGUACACUGCUUUGUUGGAACGAAACCCUGAGAAUUCAGUUUACUACAACGGCUUAAUUCAAGCAAAGGAGAUCCCGGAGACUGAUCACAAAGCACUGAAGGCUUUGUAUGAUGAAUGGGUGAAGAAGAACCCUCGCGGUGAUGCGGCUCGCCGUAUUCCUCUCGACUUCUUAGAAGGGGAAGAUUUCAAGCAGGCCGUCGAUACCUAUCUGCAGCGCAUGCUGAAGAAGGGUCGCGAUGUAGUGCAGUCAUUGGUGGAGGGAUAUGUCUCUGGCAAGGCUGGUUCGCAGGCGAACGGCUCUGCGGAAGGCAAGGAAGAUAACAACGAGUUCCUGGCAUCCACCUACUACUUCUUGGCCCUGCAUUACACCUAUGAGCUGAGCCAGAACCUCACAAAGGCCAUGGAGAAUGUUGACAAAGCAAUCGAAUUGUCACCCAAGGCUGUUGAGUACCAGUUGGCCAAGGCGCGUAUCUGGAAGCACCAUGGAAACCCUGUUAAGGCAGCGGAUGAAAUGGAGAAAGCUCGUCUCCUUGAUGAGAAGGAUCGUUAUAUCAACACUAAGGCUGCCAAGUACCGCCUUCGCAACAACGAAAAUGAGAAGGGUCUGGAUCUCAUGAGCAAGUUCACCCGCAACGAGACCGUGGGAGGAACAUUGGGUGAUCUUCACGAAAUGCAAUGUGUUUGGUUCUUGACAGAGGAUGCGGAAGCGUUCCUGCGUCAGAAGAAGCUGGGCCUUGCGCUCAAGCGUUUCCACUCGGUCUUCAACAUCUUCGAAACUUGGCAAGAGGACCAGUUCGACUUCCACAGCUUCUCCCUUAGGAAGGGAAUGGUCAGAGCCUAUGUGGACAUGGUUCGCUGGGAAGACCGCCUGCGCGAGCACCCCUUCUAUACCAGAAUCGCUCUUGGUGCCACCAAGGCAUACUUGCUUCUCAAUGACCAGCCCGAUCUUGCCCAUGGACCCAUCGCAAACGGUCCCAACGGCACUGAGGUUUCGGAGGAAGAUCGCAAGAAGGCUCUCAAGAAGGCCAAGAAGGAACAGCAACGCCUUGAGAAAAUCGAGUCUGAUAAGCGUGAGGCCAGAAAGGCAGCCGCUGCCAAUGCCAAGAGCCAAAGCGUGGACGGAGAGGUCAAGAAGGAGGACGCUGAUCCCCUUGGAAACACCCUGGUGCAAACAAAGGAUGCGCUCAAGGAUGCUCUGAAGUUCUUGGCGCCGCUACUCGAGCUCAAUGCGCAGAAUAUUGAGGCUCAAUGCCUGGGUUUCGAGGUUUAUAUCAGACAAAACAAAUACCUACCCGCUUUGAAGUGUCUCACAGCCGCUAAUGCCAUUGAUCCCUCAAACCCUACCCUUCACCUCCAGCUCCUGCAAUUCCGCAAGAAAAUCGACGGCCUUACCGAUUCCCUGCCCGCCCAAACCGGAGAAGUCAUCGGCACGGAAUUUGAGAAGCUCCUUCCCAAGUCCCAGAACCUUGAGGAAUGGAACGAGUCUUUCCUGUCCGCCAACAAGGACAGUGUCGCGCACAUUCAGGCCGCUUUGUCAGGCCGUCAGCUCUUGAAUCCUGACUCGAAGGCUCAGUGUGAGAAGGAUCUCUUGGCCUCCCUGGACUCUCCCGCCGUCACCAUUGAAGAGGCCGUCGCUGCUCUUGAGUUGCUCAGCAAGUGGGGUAGCGAGCAGACUGCCUACGCGGAGAAGGCUAGCAAGAAGUGGCCCGAGUCGUCAGUCUUUCAGUUGAACUGA